UACAGAGGAAUAGUGGGAGGAAGAAAAAGAGGAAGAGAAAAGAAGCGAAGACUAAAGGUUCUCAAUAUGUUUGGGGAUCCGGGUGCCAGGAGCAGUCUAUGUCUGGAUCUUGAUAUGAGUUGGGGCAUUGUUCUUCAAGCAUACCGCAGUUUAACAGAUGAGAAAGAAGAUUCUGUUUACAGGAAUCCCUUGCAAGAGUGGGGAGAAGAAGUGGAAGAUGGGGCCAUUUAUGGAGUGACUCUCAGAAGAGUGAGGACUGAAGCCCCUGUGGGAGAGAAUCUGGUCGUCCCCUCCUCUCCUGGCUAUGUGCAUUAUAAGACCUGUAAGGUUCGCUGCCUUCGAGCUGGGACACUGCAAAAAUUGGUGGAGAAUCUACUGGUGGAGUACCAGGGUAGCGACCAGGGGUACGUGCCCACCUUCCUGAGUACAUAUCGUGCUUUCACCUCCCUCGACCGGGUUCUGGAGCUGCUGCUGGACAGGCGUCUAGAAAAAGUGUCAGAUGGGGAAUCUCUAAGACCUGGAAGUCCUAUACCAGACACUGUGCGUGUCCAGAGAGUGGUACGUGGUCUGCUCCAGACAUGGUUAGAGAAAUAUCCACAAGAUUUUCGGGAUGAGCCCCACUGCCUGCAAAUGAUCACCUCUUACUUAAGUCGUGAUAAAGAGGGGGGAUGCAGAGAGACCCCUGGCCCUAUUCUCCGCCUAAUACAAAGCAUAAAAGAAGACAGUGAGCAGAGUCCUUCUCAGCAAGUAGAUUGGAAACCUGCCCCCCGACCAGAAGAGGGAGACUCAGAAACCACAGGAGCCGCCACUACAUUAUUGUCAUGUCCUCCUCAAGAGGUGGCAGAACAGCUUACACUCAUAGAUGCAGAUCUUUUCCAGAGGUUGCAAUCCUGUCACUGUCUUGGAAGCAUUUGGUCUCAGAGAGACAAAAAGGAAAACAAACAUGUGGCCCCAAGCGUGAGAGCCACUGUGGCCCAGUUUAAUGCAGUAACAGCUUGUGUGAUUGCGUCAGUGCUGAAUGACAUUCAGCUGAGGCCACAGCAGAGGGCCAGAGUGCUGGAGAAGUGGAUCAGUAUAGCACAGCACUGUCGUUUCCUCCGCAAUUUUUCCUCUCUCAGAGCUAUUUUGUCAGCUCUGCAAUCAAAUCCUAUCUACAGACUGAAGAGAACCUGGGCAGCAGUGAGCAGGGACAAUCUGAACAUAUUCCAUAAAUUAUCUGACAUCUUCUCUGAUGAAAAUAAUCAUGGGAUGAGUCGUGAGAUACUAACCCAGGAUGAAGUGCCUCUUCGUAGAGUAAACAGUGCACGUAAUGAGCCACGCCCACUUCAGCGGUCAGCUUCCCAAGUUCGCACUACAAGAAUGACACAGGGAACUGUCCCUUACCUGGGGACAUUUCUGACAGACCUCAUCAUGUUGGAUACAGCUUUACCAGACUUCGUAGAGGGUGGGUUAAUAAACUUUGAAAAAAGACGGAAGGAAUAUGAAGUUCUAGCCAAGAUACAGAAGCUGCAGCUCACGUGUCGCCAUUAUGUUUUGACGCCAAAGUCAGAAAUCCUACAAGCGUUUUACAGCCAUCGGCAGCUAACUGAAGACCAGAGUUACAGAAUAUCCCGCACUAUUGAGCCACCUGCUGAUUCCUGUCCAAACUCUCCUCGAAUCCGCAGGAAACUAACUAAGAGGUUCAGCUCUUUAUUACUAGGCUCUGAAGUUUUUGGCCCCAAAUUAAAUGGUGAUCGUGUUUCUCCUUCUGGGUCCUGCAGCAGCUGUGAAAUUGAUGAAGGUCUCAUUGCUGCUUUCUGCCCACCUGAUACACCCACAAACAAGGGUUCACUGGAAAUACUCACCCCACCCACUACACCUCUGCGUGAUGAUUGCUCUCGCUGUGCCCCUUCUCCUCGCUCCCCUGUAUCUCCCUCUUCUUCACUUCCUGUGUACAAUCAGCAAAUUGCUGAUCUCUGCAUUAUCCGCGUCAGCAUGGAGAACACCCAUGGGAACCUCUACAAGAGCAUAUUGCUCACCAGUCAAGAUAAAUCCCGUGUUGUUAUACAGAGGUCUUUGCAUAAACACAAUAUAGAAUCAUGUCGGCCUGAUGACUUCCAACUAGUUCAGUUAUUGUCUGAAGGCAGAGAAUUGACCAUCCCAGACUCUGCAAAUGUAUAUUACGCCAUGAACACAUCUGCUAAUUUUGACUUUGUACUUAGACGGAGAGUUAAAGAUAGCUGAGAUUCUGCCCUGGUACCUAAGUACCUGUUUACACAUUCCAUCUGCAAGACUAAACCUUCCCUAAGCACAAUGGCAACCUACCACUAGCACAUUUACCAGCACUACCUGCCCAAUUGUUACAAACAUUUCCCCAUCCCAAGAACUCUACUAAAUAUAACAGAAACCAUUUCUUACAAGUUCCCCAUAACACAACUACAGAGCCUUUCAAGCACUUUGCAGCCACCACAUUGCGCCUUGCACACCGCCACCAGCCAACCUCCUUGAAGAGAGAAAGUACUUUAAAAUGAUCUGCCUUCAUAUGAAAGUGGGGCAUCUAAACAUGUGGAUGUGAAAUAAAAGCUUUUUAAAUGUAAAUUACUAUUAUUAUCUGGUAAUUUGAUUGGCUGAUAAGCAUUCUUAUUCAUUGGCUGAUAGGUGAUUCCUGUUAGUGCUCAUUGGUUGAGAAGUACUUUCUGCUAAUGUUGACUGAGCAUUAAUAGGAAGUGCCUAUUAGCCAAUUAGUAAUUAAUAGGAAGUUCACAUCUGAUACAGGCAUAAUAAAGUUACUUUUAAAUAACUUUUGAAUUAAAGUCUUUGAGACAAAAAAAUCAACAUGCUUAUAUAUUGCUCUUUCAUAUGAAUUGCAGAAUUUAUUUUACUACAUUGUCCUUUUAAUAUGCAAUCUCCUAAUCAAAAUGUAGAGGGCAUUCUAUGUACUCCAAUAGCCAGGUCACAUUGUUUACAUAUACAUCACUCUGCAUACUCAUAUAGUGAAAGAGCAAAUAGGAGGAGCCUAAAAAAAAUGGGCCAGAUUACAAGUGGAGCGCUAAUUAAUGCUGUUGCUCGGGCGUUAAUUAAGCUAGAAGUAAACUUUAUACACUUGUUGGGUUGGGCUCGUAUUACGAGUUGAAAGUAAACUGUUUUCGCUUGCAUGCUAACCCAACGAGGGCAAAAAGCUGAACUUAGAAUAUCACAUGCUCGUUCACAUAUUCUCCUUUAGAAGUGAAUGGAAAAAUAAAAGUGGGAAAGAAAAACUAACACCCCGAUCUAGCGCAAACCCGAUCACAUAUUGUCAUGUGCGCUAACCCGACAUGAAAAUAUGAAUAUUUCACAGUCCAUUGUUCUUUACAUAACAUAAUAUGUUCUAUUUAUUCAUAAAUACAUAUUUCUACAUAUAGCUGAU